AUGCCUUCAAUUAAGAGGCCAUAUAAAUUAAAAGUAGACGUCAUAUGUCACGUGUCACGUGAUCAAUGAUGUUUGGUUUUUUAGGUUACAACCGCCCAAGUCUGUUUUUCAAAAUAAUAUUUCAUGAAUAAAUCCGAAAAACAAAAUAAAAUCAUGGAUCCUUCACCAUUAUCGAUUUUUAAAACGAUAUUAGUGUAUAGUGUAUUUAUACUGGUUUCACCGAUUGUAACUUUUUUCGUUACAAAACUGAUAUUAUUCGAAGGUAUAUUUAAUGUCAGUCUACUCACGUCGAAUAUCUGUUCGGCUAUAUUCUCCGUUGUUGUGUUACACGUAGCUGUUGGAAUGUACAUUUACAGGGCCUAUUCUGAAGCUGAAAAAGUAAAAGAACAAUAA